AUGCUGCAAAAAAGGGAACUAUCCGGCCGGGUGAAUAUCAUGUGGUUAAAUUCCACCCGGCCGGGUGUCAACGUGAAGUCUGCCGAAGGUCAGAAGCUGCCGAGCAAGGGCGACCCGGCCGGGUGUAUGCACACACGUUCUAAAGGCUUGCCUCUAGAACCUUUUGAUCCGGAGAUCGAAGCAACAAACCGGAAGAGGAACGCCUAUAGGAGACUCACGCAGAAAAUUCAAGCUUCUUCGCCUAACAGCAUAGGAGCAUCUUCAGUUCAAAGCGACCUUUCACCCAUCCGAUCACCAGUUCAGGACCAUAUUUUGUUUGAUCCCGUUUCUCCUAGUCUGAUGGAGUACGAAGAGGGCAACAACGGUCCACCACCCCCUCCUCCCAAUUAUGCUGAGCUUCUACGACAGCUGGAGGAGCUGCGUCAACAAGUCAAUCAUAGACAAGCUGUGGUGCCUGUUCAGAAUCAGUAUGCAUACCAAGGCCAGGCAAAUCCAACUGUCCAUAGCAACAUCGCUGCCAACACCUUUGAGCUGAAAAGAGGACUUAUUCAGAUGGCAGAGAAUAUUGCUUUUAGGGGCAAAUCCACAGAUGAUCCGAACAAACACAUCACCAAGUUCAUUCAGAUCUGCAACACUACGAAGUUGAAUGGAGUGACAGAUGAUCAGAUUCGACUUAGGCUGUUUCCCUUUUCCUUAGAGGAUUCAGCAAAGGAUUGGUUGGAGAGCUUGGAGUCGGGCUCAAUCAGAACAUGGGAUGCUAUGAUGAACCCUGCGGAGAAUAUCAGAGAAGCAUGGGCGAGAUUCAAAGCCUUGAUGAAGCGAUGUCCUAAUCAUGGGCUAACCCCAACUGUUCAAGUCAUAACAUUCUUCGAGGGGUGUGUGCCUGAAGCACAACGGGAGUUGAACUUGAGCUCAGGUGGUAAUUUUCUGAAGAAAGGAGUGGAUGAGGCCAUGGAAGUAAUAGAAGAGCUCGCAUCUAAUGACGACGGAUGGAGCAACAACAGGAGUAAAGUACAUAGGGUGGCGUCUACCACAGAUCAUGAUCCUAUGAGCGCCCUAUCUGACAAGCUGGAUGCGCUGACUAUGAAGUUUGACUGCAUGGCAAUGGGGCAACCGACUCAAGAGCCCCAAGGAAAUAUGGAGGAUGUUAGCUAUGUGAACCAAGGGGGCAACAACCGGUACUACAAUAACCAACGUCCCAACUUCCAGGGUGGAGGAUAUAAUCAGUUUGGGAACAGGGGGCAUCCCAAUCUCUCUUAUGGGAACCCCAAUAAUGCUCUGCAACCUCCCCCGGGGUUCACGGUUACCAAUGGAGUGGUCGAUGAUCCGAAGAAGAUGACCACGGAAGACAUACUUAAGUCUUUCAUGCUACAGUCCAACAAGCUCAUGGAACAGAACAACCAAAGAAUGGAGAAGGUUGAGACAGAUGUGCAAAGCAUGGCCACUCAUAUGAAGAACAUCGACACACAGAUCAGCCAGAUUUCCCAGACUGUGAAGGACAGAGUAACGGAAAAGGCACCUGAAGAGGAGGAGUUAGUCGAGGAAGUUGAGACCGAGGCAGUACAAAUUACUCCCCCACCUAAGGAGAACGUGGUUCCAACUCCACCUGCACCACCUGCAGCUCACACUUCCACUGACGUGAGGAUUCCCUACCCUCAACGUGUGCAAACGAAGAAGACAGAUGCACAGUUCUCGAGGUUCUUGGAUAUAUUUAGGAAGGUGCAGAUAAACAUCCCAUUGGUGGAGGCAUUACAGCAGAUGCCCAGCUAUGCCAAGUUUCUGAAGGAUGUGGUUUCUAACAAGAGGAAAUGGAUGGAGUAUGAGACGGUGAAUUUGACUGAAAGCUGCAGCGCCAUUAUUCAAAAGAAGCUACCAGCUAAACUGAAGGGUCCAGGAAGUUUUACCAUUUCUUGCAUAGUGGGAGAUUGUCAAGAAGGGAGAGCGUUAUGUGAUCUGGGGCGAGUAUCAAUCUAA